UUGAAAUAUUUUGCGAACUUGAAGUGUGGAUCUUUUUUGUUCGUAUCGUGGUUUAUGGGAUUCGGUAUUGGACUGAUAUUUACGUUCCUGUUUUGGCAUUUGCAAGAUUACGGUGGAUCUCCAACGCUAUUCGGUGUGGCUUCAGUUAUCAAUCACAUUUCUGAGAUAUUCGCGUACUUCUUUAGUUUCAAACUCAUUCGCCAGAUGGGACACGUCAAAGUGUUGUGUUUGGGACUCGUCGGCAACAUAUUGCGUUUCUUGUACAUCUCUUGGCUGAAGAACCCAUGGUGGGUAUUACCGUUUGAGUUCAUGCAAGGUAAAUAAUAUCGUUAACUUGUAUUAUUAUGUUAGUUUACAUCUUUGUAGUGACCUUAGUUUACCUAUGAUCGAUUGUGUUGUAAACAA